AUGGAAGUAUACUGGGCCAUUGCUCCUCAAGACUUAUUAAUGGUGCUGGAUGUGCCCCAAUCCAAUCCCAAAGGAGCUGGAGUUGUCACUUCUUCCACUGCUUUUACCACUUCAGUUCCUGCGCCUGCCACCACACAGUCUACUCCUGCUGCAUCCACUCCUCAUAGAGUUACUCGGGCUGCCUCGAAGAGAGGUGGUACGGGUGCUUCACAGGGAGACUCUCCUCAGAAGACCCAAGCUUUAAAUUUUCUCAGGAGCAAACAACAAAAGAAGAAAAGGAAACUUUUGCUUGAUCCUGAAAAUGAAGCACCUGAAGUUCAGGCAGUAGAAGAAGAAGAAAGAGCUGAAAAAAGGUGGCAGCAACAACUGUUAAGAGAUGAAGCUUCUGCUACUGCUGCAAUCCAAAGAGAAACUGCAAGGAGGCAGCAUAUUGCUGAGCACUAUUCUCAUCGCAGCCCUCCCAUUGUUACUAACACUUCUAAAACAAGCCCUAUAUUUUCUAUACACUUCCUAAGGCCAAGUAUUCCUGCUCAUUUUCCUUCUGGCUUAACCCCAUAUCUCCCUUAUUUGUCUUUUGAUUUUUCUCAAUUUAGUUCUCUUUCGAGCCUUACUUUUCCUUCCCCUCCUAAGGAAACUCCAGCUACUACUUCCUCUUUGAUGGUAGCUGAUUCUUCUAUAGAGGGUACUAGUAGCUCUCCAAUUCAUGGUUUAUUACCUCUACCUAGUUCCAGCCCCUCUUCCCUCGAUCUAUUGGUGGCUAGAACCAUAGAAACUGCUGAAGAUGCUCCACCCAUUUCUCCUAUCCCUAUGCAGUCCUUUGUGCCUUCUACCAAAGCUCUUUCUACACCCUUCAUGUCCAUGGAUGAGGUAAACAUCUUCGAAGUGAGACUAGCUAGUCUCUUCGACGUACCUUCCACCUCACCAAUGGCUAAUGAUGAGACUGAGCCAUUAGUUGUGGCUGAUUCCUUGCUAGAAAUUUUUGAGAGCUCUUCCACCAGUAGUAAGACUUCUUUGCCUCUGAUAGACUUAGACAGCUACCUGGAGCUAUUGACAUCCUUUUCGAGGAUCCCUUUUGAGGCCUUACAGAGGCCUAUAAUAAGAAAUGGCUUCCUUCAGUGCUAUAAAAUCGUUGAACAAUCCGGCAUGAAUGUCUGA